AUGACGACAAACAAAAAUUCAAGAUUUGACAUAUGGGCAGACCUGGAUAAAGAUGUACUUGUAGGUAUAUUCAUGACACUGAAUGUUGUGGAAUUAAUCCGUGGGGUAUCUGUUUGCAAAUCUUGGCUUGAAGCAGCUUCGGAACCCUGCCUUUGGAAGACAAUUGACUUAAGUAAGCUGGAGGUCAAGAACUUUAACCAACAGCGUGAGCAGUCUAGCCAGAGGGUUAUGGAUAUUGUGAAUAGUUCUUUCAGUUUAAGUGGUGGAACUAUAUCUUGCUUUAUUUUCCACUUCUAUGCAUACAUAACAAGUCAGCACUUGGCAAUUGGUCAGCACUGCAAGAACCUCAGAGAGCUGAAAAUGAUGCACCGGUUUGACAUGAAUUGUGCAGAGAACAUUCUUGCAUAUGCACCAAGUUUGAAGGUCAUAAGUCUUCGGUGCAAUAGAGUGCACAGGGAUGCUAGUUUAAAAGUGGCUGGAUUUGAAGCUGCUUUGAAGAACUGGCCACAACUUGAGUCACUGACCAUUCCAUGUGACUUUCUUGUGGAAAUCAUGGAGGUGAUUGGUAAGCACUGUAAUAAAUCCGCGGAGAUGAAAUUGAUGUGUGAUUUUUAUGAGGAGUACGCAGAGGCAGUUGCUGCCUACAUACCAAACUUAAAGGUCUUGAGCCUUAGGUGCGCUGAAGUGUCCAGGGGAGCUGUGCUUCACAUACUGAAUCAAAUGAAUCAUUUGCAAGUGCUCAAUUUAUCUCACUCCUACAUUGUGGAUCACGCUCCAACACCAAACCGCCACAUAUAUAGUAGUACUCCGUGA